AUGACUCCCUGGUACUGGCUUGCCGCACUUUUCCUCUUCCACCGUUCACUCUCAGUUUUCGCCGGGAAUACAUACCAGCUCUCGAAUAAGAUAGUUGGGAAUGACUUUUAUGACAAUUUCAAUUGGGAGGCGAUAGAUGAUCCUACUCAUGGAAGGGUAACAUAUGUUGAUCAGCCGACAUCCAAAAUUUUGAACUUGACGUUUACAUCUACUGAUACCUUCAUCCUCCGCACUGAUUUUACGACUGUUCUCGAUCCCAAGGGUGUAGGGAGACAGUCCGUUAGGAUUCGAUCUAAUGCUGCAUACACCACCCAUGUCGCAAUUUUUAGCAUCAGGCAUAUGCCACAAGGCUGCGGUACUUGGCCUGCCAUUUGGACCACGGCGCCGAAUGCUUGGCCCAACGAUGGAGAAAUUGAUAUCUUGGAAGGGGUGAACGACCAAGCUCCGAACCUUUCUGUAUUGCAUUCAACCCAAGGGUGUACCAUGCCCAAUAACCGAACUAUGACGGGAACGCCUACAAGCACAGACUGUGUGACCACCGAUACUUCAAAUGCGGGGUGCGGCGUCAACUUCCCGACUUCCUUCAGCUAUGGUCCCUCCUUCAAUUCCGUGGGUGGCGGCUGGUACGUCAUGGAGAGAAACGAGAAGAAAAUCACAGUCUGGUUCUGGGCGAGGAAUGACCCAUCUGUGCCAUCAGAUAUUAUCAAUGGCGCCUCGUCUAUAAGUCCAGAUGGAUGGGGAAACCCUGCCGCGCUGUUUCCUAGCACUUAUUGCGAUUUUCCCUCACAUUUCCAGCAACACAACAUUAUCAUUAACCUGACACUUUGUGCGUGCUACGAAUCCGUGGGUACGAAGACUAACGGACUUGUGCUAGGUGGAGACUGGGCUGGCUCCGCCUACGGUCAAUCCGGCUGCCCUUCGACGUGUAUUGACUUUGUUAAUAACAACCCCUCUGCCUAUACGGACGCUUUCUUUGAUUUUGAGUACAUUUGGCUGUACACUCCAUGA